AUGGCAAGGAAAGAUCGAAUCAUAUUUGUGACCAAAGAAGAUCACGAAGCUCCCAGCAGUGCAGAACUGGUGGCUGACGAUCCCAACGACCCGUAUGAGGAGCACGGACUGAUACUGCCAAACGGAGACAUUAACUGGAACUGCCCGUGCCUCGGGGGGAUGGCCAGCGGCCCCUGUGGGGAGCAGUUCAAGUCGGCCUUCUCCUGCUUCCACUACAGCACAGAAGAUAUCAAGGGGUCAGACUGUGUAAACCAGUUCCGGGCCAUGCAGGAAUGCAUGCAGAAGUACCCUGACCUCUAUCCCCAAGAUGACGAUGACGACGAGGAAGGGGAAGAGAAGCCAGUGGAACGUGGUCAGGAAACGGCCCCUACUGAGGCUGCUGCCGCCCAGGAGCAGGGGUCAAGCUAAUGAAGGCCACAGGCACUGAGUUCCACCCUCCAUGUCACAGGACACGAACCUUUCACAAUGCCUUUCAGUCACCCUCUGAGAAGAAGGUGUCUUUCCCUCUUGUUCUGUGCACUGUAAUGUUCAAAGUAAUUUAUUUUGAUGAUGGAGUCUUGGCUCCUUGCCAUAUACACUGAAAAAAGGAGGGUUGUGUGUCUGUGUCUCUUGCACAGACCUGUCAGUGAGUGUGGCUGCCCCAAGUUCUCAGACGGCCCUGACGUUUCCAGUGUGGAAUAAUGUGCUGAAUACCUCAGCAGCAGAAGUCAUUAUAGGAGCAUUUCUGUUGUUCUGAUUGUGUUCCCUGUUGUAGAUUUUAUACCUCUCUGGGAAAUGAAAUAGAAGCAAAACGUUUCCUUUGCACAUGCCGGCAUGGGCCGCUCCUGUUGGAGGAGGUCAGUGGUCAGUGGUCAAUGCAUUUCUCAAGAUCUGUCUUGCUCUGGAGUGUGGGAGAGGCAACUUCAUUCCUGGAACAUUACUUUCCUUGUUUGUAUUGAGCUCUAGGCUCCAGGUUCUCUGAUUCCGAAUCUCUUUGUGAGUAGGGGGAAAGGUGGUUUUGCUAUUCCUUGUUUUCCUGUUGUGAGCGCCCUGGCUUGGGGCCUGUUCACGCAGCACGCAGUCCUUUCGGGCAUCUUCCCGAGAGUGGGGACCUCAUUGUUGCCAGAACAGCAGCCAAAGAGGAAGCCGUGUGAAUGAGAUACUUAAUUAAAAGCCAAUGUGAUUUCUAACUGA